AUGUCCACUGAGGCGCUUAAAGCGUUUGUUUUUAACGAAUCGGUACCGAUCAUGGACUCGUCGCCGCUUCCAGGAGGGGUUCCUGGGAGUGGAAUGAUCGUUCCUCCUGCGCUUGGAGGAGCAGCUGCUUCGCUGUUCAUGACUGGCGGUCGGAACCGGGUUCCAGGAGCGGCUAUGAUGAGGUCCGUGGUGGCUCCUGAUACAGGCGUGAAGAAGCGGGAGGAGGUAUUUGUUGAUGUGAUCGAACGGCUGAGCGUGACUUUUAGCCCCAACGGAUACAUCCUGACGUGUGAGAUUGACGGAACCAUACAGAUGAAGAGUUAUCUGACCGGGAAUCCUGAAGUUAAGAUAGCUCUUAACGAGGACCUCGUUAUAGGCCAGAGGAACGCGCCAGCGUCGUUGCUGUAUGGAGGGGGAGGCGGGAUGGGGGAGGAUGGGAGCGGAGGAUUCGGAAUCGUCGUUCUAGAUGACUGCAACUUCCAUGAGAGCGUACGUUUGGAUACUUUUGAUGUGGACCGGACAAUGACUCUCGUGCCACCAGACGGGGAGUUCUCAGUCAUCAAUUACCGCAUGACCCACGAGUUCAAGCCUCCGUUCCGGGUCUAUCCGGUUUUGGAGGAGAUCACCCCGUUCAAGGUAGAGCUGUUCAUAAAGUUAAAGGCAGAGUUCCCCGCCACAGCAACUGCCAAUUCCAUUGUCGUCCGUGUGCCGCUGCCCAAGAGUGUCAUUAAAUUCGCCUUUUUUCGAUUGAGAUUUCCUCCUCUGGGUAUACUAAUCAUGGACAUUGUGUCAAAUGUCAUAUUUCUGGCGGACAUUUUCAUCACGUUUAGAGUAGCCGUUAAGGAUCACCGGACAGGCACUCUGAUUGCUGACCGAAGGAGGAUUGCAAUAAGGUACCUGCAGGGCUGGUUCACUCUUGACUUCCUCUCAUGCGUUCCAUGGGAAUACGCAUACCAGGCAAGUGUACACCUCGUGUUUGAGAUUCUAUUGUGGCUCCGACUGAUUCGUGCUCGUCAGUUAAAAGAAUUUGCUGACAGGUUGGGGAAGGACACGCGCUACCACUACUUUCUGGUUCGCUGCACGGAGAUGUUUCUCACAGAAUUUUAUGUGGUCCACAGUGCUGCAUGCAUUAUGUACUUCCUCGCUCUCACCAUGCCUGAAGAUCAAUCAGGAUACACAUGGAUUGGAAGCCUUCAGCUUGGAGACCAGAGCUACGCUGACUUUCGAGACAUGGACAUUUUUCAGCUUUAUUGUGUGAGCCUCUAUUGGGCUAUGGUGACAAUGGCGAGUCUUGGUUAUGGAGAUGUUCAUCCUGUCAAUCCUCGAGAGAUGAUUUUCACCAUUGCCUUCGUGGUUUGGGACAUGUUGUUCACGGCAUACCUUAUUGCCAACUUCACAGCUUUGGUUGUCAGAUACCAGUCAAGAUCAGAGAUCUUGCGUGAACGACUUUCAAAUGUUACCAGAUAUGCCAACAGGAAGCAGAUUCCUGCUGGAAUGAAGGAGCAGCUGCUAUCCCACGUGGUGCUGAAGCAAGAGGCGUUGGAGGAGGACAACAAGCUGGUCAACGAGUUCCCCAUCUCCAUCCGUGAUGGGGUCGCAAUGUCCCUGCAUGGGAAGGUGCUCGCAGAUGCGUAUCUCUUCCAGGGCUGCUCAAAGGCGUUCAUUCAAUUCCUGGUUUCACGACUGCGAGUGGAGUAUUUUCUUCCCGGGGAGGUGGUGGUGAGUCGGCAUGACAACCACCAUCAGCUCUAUCUGCUCGUGCAAGGAGAAGUGGAAGAAGUUCAUUUCAGCAGGAAUGGAGCUCGAGUGGCAACGGUAUGGAGUCCAGGGGAGAUGUUUGGGGAGGCGGGGUUACUCGCCAGCAAGUUCUCCCCAUUCACUGCUCACGUCAAGUCGUUCUGCAAGGUGCUGAGGAUUGAUGGCCAGGUCUUUUCAGAGGCCAUUGCGUUUCAUCAGGAGGAUGGAGAGAGGAUUAUCAGCAAUUAUUUGCAGAAAUUCGGCCAUUCGGAAUCUGAACCGCUAGACUUUGGUCAGCCCAGGGCUCGUCGUCUCACAGACACGGCAGAGGAAGUGCGCCGAGCCGUGACACAGCGGCAGGCACAGCAGACGCUGAGCGCCAUCCAGCAAGCAGCACGCGGGGACCUGGAUCACCUCAAGAUGUUGCGAAAGCUCGGAGCGGACUUUUCGAAAGGGGACUUUGACGGCCGGACUGCACUGCACCUGGCAGCUUCUAGGGGCUUUCCGGACAUCUGCAGUUUCAUAUUGAGAGAGGGAGGCGCUGCCAACAGGAAAGACCGAUUCGGUGUGACGCCUCUCCUGGAAGCCCUGCGAGCAGGCCACAUGCAGACAGCCGAGGUGCUGCGGGAGCACGGCGCUCAGAUCCUCCUGGACGACCCCGCAAGCGAGCUGUGCCAUGCGGUGAAGCGCGGUAUGGUGGAGUACCUCGAGCGCCUGCUCUCCUUCGGACUUGACCCCAACGAGGCGGAUCAUGACCUGCGCACGCCCCUGCACGUGGCAGCAGCUGAGGGCUCCGUUGUGCUCGUGCGCCUGCUGUUGGAGCAUGGGGCGGAUGCAUGGGCGCGGGACCGGCUGGGUAACCUGGCGGUGGACGAGGCUUGCCGGAAUGGGGCGAGGCCGGUGAUUGCGCUGCUCAAGGAUGGCAUGCGCGUGAAGCUGCCGCCGCUGGCAAGUCGACCUCCAGCUGGACGAGCCUCUUUGACUCGUGGAGGCUCACAGCGCCGCCGCCACACCCACCACCAGCCUUCAUCUUCCAACGCAGGCGCCCCGGCCACUACAAGCACCGCUGCCACUACCACCACUGGCACGACUAAUACUGCCAGCAGCAACACAGCCAGCACUCCCCGCCACUCCCAGCCCAGCAGGCGGCGCUCCCACAGUGUAGACACCUGGUCGGACCAGAUCGAAUCCGUUCCUGAAGGCAGCAGCUGGGGAGCCGCGUCCCCCUCCACCUGCCUGCCUUCCGACCCCUUCCUCCAGCAGCGCGUGAUGCACCUGCGCCGCCGCCCCACCAGCUCCGUGCACAUCCCCAGUGAUCUCCUGGCCGACCUCCUCCCUGGCUCAGUCAUUGACGAGUACAGCUCAGAGCACCAGACGGCUUCGAAUCAGCCGCUCUUCACCCCUCCUGCGUCGCCCCUGGCGCAUUCUCUCCCCCCGAAGCUCCAUUCUGCUGUUUCUUUGAGCCCACCGACCUCCUGUGAUGGCUCUGCGUCGCAGCCUCGCUCGUCAUCAGCUACCUUCCCACUCUCUGAGCCGUAUCCCCCAUCUAUUCCAGAUCCACACGCCACACAUGCCGAACACACCGCGCACACCGCACCAUACCGCUCUGCCUCCGCUGCUCUCCCCCCUGUUCCACCUGCCCCUGGCAUAGCCUCUGCUCCCCGUGCACAACAGCGGCCCACGCCCCUCACCAUCAGCCCUCUAGACAGAAGCUUCAGCCGCUCCUCCACAGCCCCGCAUUCAUCACUAGACGAAGUGCGCACCCAACUGAUACCCUCACCAGAACCCCCCACUCCCUAUGCGACUAGCCAGCCCUUGUCAGGACCCCUGUUGAGAGUGGGAGAGCCGAUCACUCCGUACCCUCAUCGCAACUACAUCCCUGCAGGGUCGUUUUCAGGGUCGUUCAGGGCGUUGCCUCCGCCCCCCACCCCAUCUGUGGCUGUGGCCAACCGCCGAGUCACAGUCUUCCCAUGCCAACCAUGGGACACUGGACAAUCUGGCAAUCCAUGUGGAGAUUCUCCUGGAGAUGUUGUACUUAGCGAGGGAGCUCGUGGUAGGGAUCCACAUCAAUGUUCCCCUGAUCAGGCAGUGCGUUCAUCAGGGGAUUCCGCAUCGCCUGGACCUGGGAGGGAAGGAGGUGUUGGGAGCCGGGCUGGGGAAGAGAAACCAUCCAUGGGACGACCAUAUGGGAAGGUGGUGUUGGUACCUCUCUUCGUGGUGUCCUUGAAAGAGCAGCUGAGCGCGCUGUUCGGAUUCCCUGUGAGAAUCCUUGUGAAUAAGGAUGGUGGGGAGAUUACUGACACAGAUACCAUACGCGAUGGAGAUGUCAUCUUUGCUCCACCACCUCAACCUGCUUUAUCUGAUCCUCUCGUGUGCCAAUCCUGCCGAUGUCGAAGAGGACAAGCACCAGGUGAUUCCAAUUGA